GGCCUAUGAUCAACAUGGCCGUUCUUGUACCUCGCAGGUCGCAGGUUCGAGGUGAUGGUGAUUGUGUACGUCGUAAAAGUACAAUGUGUUUUCUCAGUGAAUCACUACAGUGAGUGAGUGUUCUGUUGAUCAUCGAAUUGUACGAGCGACAGGAUUCGCCAGGAUUCGUCAUUAUAACCAAAGAUUCCGCAAGUCGUAAGAGUAUAAACUGUAAAAAGAUUGACUUUAAGAUGGUAAAGUUAUAUGCGCUGACUGUCCUAUACAAAAGUCCUACAUCAGCAAUGACACUGAAAGCUGCUUAUGAUGUAGAGUCAUUCUCUUUUUUUCAAAAAAAUAGUAUUAAAGAAUUUAUGUGUUUUGUGAGUAAAACCAUUGUGGAAAGAACACAGACAUGUGCCAGGCAAAGCAUCAAAGAAGGAGAAUACAUGUGCCAUGUGUAUGUGCGAGCCGAUAAUCUCGCUGCGGUUCUUAUCUCUGAUCAUGAAUACCCUAACAGAGUGGCACAUACUCUGAUCACGAAGGUGAUGGACGAGUUUGCAACUAAACAUCCACCAUCAACGUGGCCUGGGCUCAAGGAAGUUACCGCUGACUUUCCACAGAUCAAUAUGUAUCUAGCCAAGUAUCAGAAUCCAGUUGAGGCAGACGCGCUCACAAAAAUGCAAAAUGAUUUAGACGAGACAAAAAUUAUUUUGCACAAUACGUUGGAGGCAGUGCUGGAAAGGGGAGAGAAAUUGGAUCAUUUAGUUUCCAAGUCGGAGGGACUCAGUGCUCAGUCAAAGGCGUUUUACAAGACCGCACGAAAAACCAAUUCCUGCUGUAGUUUAACUUAGGUUAUUGUUUUAGCGAGCUUUGCCGCUUUAAUAUUUCGAUAAAUGUGACUUUACAAUUAUUGCCGUAUAAAAAGACAAACGGAUAUUUAUAUGAAUAAUGGAAGAAAGGGUUGAUGGGAAAUGGGAGGAAAAAGAGGCAAAGUUUAGCAAACGAAGAAGGAUAAUGGAGGAUGUCGAUCUACUCCAAUUCUUUAGUGGGACAUGUAUACUGAUUUAAUGAAUUUCUAAUUAAAUAACGGGCAAAAAGCGAACCACUGCCGGUUUCCCCCAGUUAAGUGAAAUUUUUUAUAAGGAUGUUACAUGUAGAAUUCAUUUACUCGCGAGAAAUGGUCCUAAACAAUUGCAUAAAAGAAUUACUUCCGAGAUGAGUUUCACGCGAGAAUGACUGUAAUGGAACCCCGACAGUGUUAAAGUAUCGCCUUAAACACAUUCCGAAUGUUAAUUGUAUCCUUGUUACAUGUAAAAGAAAAUGCAAGUAUAGCGCGAGGUUUAUCGUAACAACAUCGUGAAUCGAUAGAUGCAACGCGGUAAGGAUAAUGGACGAACACUGAAUCUCUGUUCGAACGAUUAGGUUCCAAUAUAACAUAUGACCAGUGUGAAAUAAUCAAAAAGCCUUUUUGAUGAAUAGAAUUUUUGUAAUCUUUAAUAAUAAUUUUAUGUUUUGUAAUCGCGCGAUUUUAUUAUAGUUAUGUUGAAAAGUUAUUCAUAUUAUAAUAUCUAAACAGGAAAAUAUUGCAAACUUUACAAAGGUUGUCUAACAGUUUACUUAACAUGCAUAUGUAAACCAAUCCUCAUCCUUUUUAAUGUGGAUAAUUAUGUAUCAUUAAUUAUACCAAAAUAAUCAAUGUUUACAUAUUUCAUCAAGUUGAACAACGGUUACGAUUAUUUGUCAUUUGAACUUCAACGUAAAUAAAACUCUGAUGUGUCUUGACAAAAAAAUAUAUUCUAUGUUUAAUGUUUAAGUGACAAUUGUAAUCUUUAUACUAUGUAUGUUAAAGAGUAUGAUGAGCCAGUAAAUAUAUAUUAAUAUAUAUUUUCAAAUGUUAAUGUUAUAUAAUGUAUUCCAAAAAGAAAUAAUUUAUACAUAUGGUAUAUACAA